CUACAAUGGCCAACCGUGGGAUGUUGCGACUACGGGUGGAGAGGAUGACCAAGCUCGUCUGCACGAUACGCGUAUUGAACUUGCUCGCGGCGUGUUUACAGCUUGCAGCGGGUGUGAACAGCCUCGUUGGCAUUUUUCUUCUUGACGUGUCCGAGUUUCUCAUUGCUGUCAAUGCCAUCGUCUUCGCUCUGCUUCUGGUUUGCUUCGAGUGUCACCUGAGCGUGACCGACAACGUCCUGCGCCCAAACUUCGGCUUCCUCUACGGCUACCGAGGAAUGACAACAUACCUUGUUUUCGUCGGUUUGAUGGACCUUGGGAUGAUCGGUCACGUUUUCGGCAUAAUCGCCGGAACGCUGGCUUGUAUUAACGCCUGCCUCGUUGUGUUUGUUGGUGUGUGUGCCCCACGCAGUGCUAUCGAUUAUCCAGCAGUCAUCACAAGUGCGACUGUGCCCUCCUACGGAUCCACUUCGCAGAUGCAGGGCCCUAUUGCCUUUGCUCUCGCUACUGAUGCCUUGAAAAUGGGUAAAGCGGUCCCAGCAAGUGUACAUGCGGUCGUGUGAUAC